CUUCAAUAAAUAAAUUCCAUUUAAAUAAAUAAAAUUCCCUUAUUCAUUUAUUUUUAGAAGAAAUUAGUAAUUUUCUGGAGAGCUCAGCUCAGUCGCCUUUCUUCUCCCAAAUUCAGAACCCUAACCCUAGACAGAUUCAUCUACGUCUCUCCUUUUCAAUUUUCCCAUCAUCUAAUCUAAUCUAAUCUAAUCUAUUCUCUUUUUUCUUUUCCCCAAAAGACUUCGCUUGAAUUGUCAAUUACCGCCGCAAAUCAAAUUUCAGAGCCAUUCCCGAUUGAUUCAAUAAACCCGACGAACAGGUGAACUUCUAUCUGAUUAGGUUUAUUUUGGAUUUUCGAUGUUUUGAGUUGAUUUUAGGUUUAGAAUAUUGAUAACAGGCUUUACUGUUAAAAAUUAAAAUUUAUUUAUAAAAUUUUGUGGUUUUCUUUUUCUUUGUUCUCUUUUGGGCUGUGUGAACUUGAUUUCUUAAUCGGAUUUGGAAGAUAACCUAAGUUUAGCAAACCUAUAUUUUCUAUUACCUGUUCUGAAAUUGAAGAAUAAUAAUUUUAUUGCUUUGUUUUUUAAAAAGGAUUUUCUUACCUAUAUGAUUGCUAAUUUGAGUUGGUGUUAGUUCAUGGGAAACUAUGCUUGACACAUUAGAGUGUAAUUGAUAGAGUCUUGAGUUGAGGAUAUUGGUUGAAGUUCAAACCUUUCUUCUGUUUUUUUUAAAGAGCAAUUAUUGUUUUUGCUGCUAUUUUUGAACUUGAUAAUAAUUUAGUCAACAUAAGAAUGGAUCUUAUGUUUUGUGACCUUUUUCUUGCUCUAGUUUUUCUUUUGCCUAAUCUGGUUUCUGUAGGUUUUGUUCAGUAGCAACAGUUUUUGAGACUUUAUUUGGUAGAAAGGGAUUUACUUUUUUUAUGUGAUACAUUUUUCUUUAUGUUUUUAAAUGCAUUUGGGUUGGUUUAUAUGGGAGAUGGUAAAUAUGAUAAAACAUUUCAGUAUAAAAGAUUUAGAGAAUUUAGGUAUCAAGAAAACGUGGGCUGGGUUUGGUUUAUUAACAACUUGAGUGGGGGAUUUUUUUCUCUUUUUUCUGGGUAUAAGGGCAAUGUUGGGAAGAGGGGGGGUUUCGGACGGGUACGAGGUCGGCUCAAAGAGACAAAGAAUGAUGGAAUCAAAUCCGUACUUCGCAGUGAGCAGUGGCGGAAUUGGCUUUCAACCUUAUGGCUACGGGGGUGUAUUUCAGCCUCCUCCGUUUCCUGUUGUUCGAUUGAGAGGACUCCCUUUCAACUGCACAGAUAUUGACAUAUUCAAGUUUUUUGCUGGAUUGGAUAUUGUUGACGUGUUGUUGGUCAACAAGAAUGGACGGUUUUCAGGUGAGGCCUUUGUCGUCUUUGCUGGUGCGGUACAGGUUAAUUUCGCUCUGCGAAGAGACCGACAGAACAUGGGCCGUAGAUAUGUGGAGGUUUUCAGGUGCAAGAGGCAAGAUUAUUAUAAUGCCAUUGCAGCCGAGAUAAAUUACGAAGGAAUAUAUGAUAAUGACUAUCAUGGAAGUCCUCCUCCAUCAAGACCCAAGAGGUUUAUUGAUAAAGACCAGAUGGAAUACACCGAGAUAUUGAAGAUGCGUGGCCUCCCUUUCUCUGCCUCGAAAUCAGACAUAGCUGACUUCUUCGCAGAAUUUAAAGUUGUCGAAAAUCAGAUUCAUAUUGCUUGCAGACCCGAUGGAAAAGCUACUGGCGAAGCAUAUGUGGAGUUUGUCUCCGUUGAGGAGGCUAAACGAGCAAUGGGGAAGGACAAAAUGACUAUCGGGUCAAGGUAUGUAGAGCUGUUUCCAUCAACACCGGAUGAAGCCAGGCGUGCUGAGUCUAGGUCAAGGCAGUGAGUUAUAGCCUUGUAGCCAUUGACACUUACCUACAUUUAUGUGAACUUCAACUUUGGGUGCUGAGUCCCUUUUUAGGUUUGAUUGUUAGAACAUUUGGUGUGUUUUUCAGAGUCAAAUUGAGUUCACCAUAUGGGAUUUAAGGAGCAUUUGGGUUUGUUUCAUUGA